AUGUUAAUUGAAUUUGAAAACAAAACUGAUCCAUAUAUCAAUCAAUUGUCGACGGAAGAUCAUGGUAAAAUUCAUCAGCAUCAUCAUAACCAUAAAAAGGUUCAUGAUGGAAAACCACAUUUUGCUGUAUUCUUAGCUGCUUUUACUUCAUUGGGUGGCUGGUUUUUUGGCUAUGAUCAAGGUGUUACAGGUGGUAUUGUUGUCAUGAGUUCAUUUAAAAAUGACUUUUGCAUUGGUGUGUACGCGAAUGAAAGUGUUUGCAAUCUUCCCAUAGUUGCUUUACCUCACCAAUACAGAAGAUUUUUGAUCCUCUUUACCUUAUUGUACAAUGUCGGAUGUUUCAUCGGUGCUGUGCUUAUAUGUUCCUAUGUAGCAGAAAAAUAUGGACGCCGAGCUAUUAUUUUUACAUCGUCCGUUCUUUUUUUGGUUGGCACCUGUAUGGUUAUUCUACCACCAGGAGGCUCCCAAAAGAUAAUGAUUUUUAUACUUAUUGGACGAAUUAUCGAAGGCACUGGUGUAGGUUGUUCGUCGUUUUCUUGUCCUUUAUAUGCAUCAGAAAUCGCUCCAACUAAUUUACGUGGAAUGCUAUCUGGCUUCAUGCAAAUGACUGUAGUCAUGGGCUUGUUUGCUGCUAAUGUAGUUAAUAUUUUGUGUCAAGAUCAUAAAUGGGGCUGGCGAUUAUCAAAUGGUAUUAUUUUAAUUGCUCCUCUUACGAUUAUGAUUGGUAUAUUUUUGUGUCCUGAAACUCCACGAUGGUUGUACAAGAACAAAGGUCGUGAGUCAGCCGAGAAUAGUUUAAAACGCAUUCGUAAAAUUGAUGAUGUAACUGCUGAGUUGGACGCUAUUUCCGAUGCUCUACAAGAAGAGGGUAAUCAAGUUUCAAUCAAAGAACUAUUUACAAGAAAGAAAAUGCUUCAAAGACUUUGUAUUGGUAUGGGCAUGCAUAUUUUAAAUCAAGGAACGGGUAUUAAUCCUAUAUUUACAUUUGGUGGUAUUAUAUACGAAAGUGUUCUUGGAAAAGGUAUCAUUUCAUUAUUGAUUUUAUCUGGGGCAAAUAUGCUAAGCACAAUACCAGCGUUAUUCUUACUUGAUAGACUAGGCCGUCGAAAGCUUCUCAUAUAUUUUGGCUUAGGUAUGGUAGUUGGUCAUCUUCUGUCAGCAACGGUAUUUAUAACAGGUUGCAGUGUAAUCAAAACAGUCAUCAAUAAUACUACAACGAGUGAAGAAUUUGUGAAUUGUAAAGCAAAUUAUGGUAUAUUAAUGCUUAUCUUUACAGUUGUUUUUGUAGCUUUUUAUGCACUUUCUUGGGGAGCAGUCGUUUGGGUUUAUUUAGCUGAGAUUUUCCCUCUGAAUGUUAGAGCUAGAGCUGUUUCAUUAACGACAGGAAGUAACUGGUUUAUGGGAAUAAUUAUGUCUUACAUAUUGGAGUUAAUAGCACCAAUAGGAAUUCAUGGAGUCUUCUACCUAUUCAGUGCUCUGUGCCUAUUAGCUGUAAGUUUUGUAUAUCUUUUUUGUCCAGAAACCAGAGGAGUUUUACUAGAAGAUAUUGAAGAACAAUUUGAUAAUUUCCACUUGAAGGAUAGACCAGCAAUAAAAAUAUUAUGUAAACCAUUCCAACGGAUGCAAAAAGAAACGAUUCAAGUGAGCAUUGUUGGAAUGCAAACAUAA